AGGGAACGUGGCGGGGACUCGAGUGUUGAAUCCGUCCGGAGAAUGAGCGGCGCCGUGUCAGACAGAGAGAAAAAAAGAGACGACGAGGCAGCGUCUUAGUGUGAGGAACGGGAGGAUAACCGAGGGGUAGAACCGGGGGCCCUGAGGAUUGACUUUCUCCUCUGGUGCCUGUGUGGGAAGUGCCACACACUCUCCAAACCAACAACGGCUUUUGCAUGCAUUUUCCAGUGUUUCUUUUGUCAGCGAGUGCAGCAAAGUUGUAAUUCUUCAAGUGCCAGCCCAGAGCUGAGUGAAGAUCCACCAGCAGACAUGGUGAAGAUGACAAAAUCAAAAACUUUCCAGGCUUACCUGCCAAAUUGCCACAGAACGUACAGUUGUAUUCACUGUAGGGCACAUUUAGCCAACCACGAUGAGCUGAUAUCCAAGUCAUUUCAGGGAAGUCAAGGGAGAGCCUACCUCUUUAAUUCAGUGGUGAAUGUGGGAUGUGGUCCAGCAGAAGAGAGGGUUCUUCUAACAGGACUGCACGCAGUGGCUGAUAUAUACUGUGAGAACUGUAAAACUACCCUCGGCUGGAAAUAUGAGCAUGCCUUUGAGAGCAGUCAGAAAUACAAGGAAGGCAAAUUUAUCAUUGAACUGGCUCACAUGAUAAAAGACAAUGGCUGGGAGUGAGCUCCAUGCACUGCCCUACUUCAGGUUAUGUCUGUGAUUUGUACAUUACAGAUGAUGUGAAUUAUUAACCUGUGGAACUCAUUUUGGGCAAGUUGAAAAAAAAUGUUGCUGAACUUUAGGAAAAAAACUAAAAACCUAACCUCACAGACUUGAAGAGCAACUGAUGGACAUAUUCUGGCUCCUCUGAGUGUCCAAAUAAGGGUUUUCCUCCUUUUUACACCUUCUCUUCUCCUCUUAUAAAUGUAUUCUUCUUGUGUGUGGACAUUUGUGAAACCCUAUUGCUGCUGCUGUAGGAGUCUGCAAUGCAUUUGAAGAGAUUUUCCCAAUAUGGCAAAUUUCUCAAGGUGCAAGUUCAAGAGACACAAUUCACCUGUGAAUACCUUAAUGUUGAUUUCGCUUAUACUUUCCUGCAUGCAUAAGCUCUGCGCUUUUCCUCCGGAUUCCACAUGCUGGCAGACCAAUUGUGAAACUAAGGAAAUCAUUUUGCUCUAGACGGGAAGAACAAGAAUCCUACACGCUCAGUUGGUUUUUGUAUCCUCACCAUUUGCAGCCAGGAGCAGUGCAAUGGGUUCCAUGCAUUAGGCAAAUGAGGAGGAGGAGCAGAAGAAGUAGAAGUUACUGUACUUUUCAAGGUGUUCCCUAAAGGUUCAAGACUUCACGCCCUUUACUGUUGGAUGAAGCUUAUUGAAGACAUGGCGGCUUUCACCCAUGUAGUUUUCUAUUUACAAAUAUUUCUGUAAUGGAAGAGUCAGAGACUCUGAAAUUCCAGACUAAAUGCAGGUUUAUGUAUCUACUUGUGACAUUUCAAGGAAAUCCCAAAGCAGAGUACUAAUGGGGAGUGGCUAGAUUGCAGGGAAAUAUGGAACAAUCCCUAAGCUACCAGGAAAGAACAGACGGCCAUUGCAUUAUUGGUGCCCCAUAUUAAAUCAUAUGGUAAAUAUAGACAAUGACUCUCAAUAUGUGUUAUGGCAGGUUCCAUAAACCAUUCAGCAUUUAAUUGAAUGCACUGGACAAAGAGGGCAAAGGAAAUAAGUUAUUUAUGGUGGUUCUGCUUCUUUUUGCACACAAGCAUUUUAGGAAAUUUUCCAUUCAGCACAUUGACAUCGCUUAGCCCUAAACUAUUGGAACCCCCAUUGAUUCCUGCGUAGCCAUGAAUCAAGUCUAUAUUUGGGUGUGGGUGGUUUGCUGGUUAAAUCAUAUCCUACAAAAUGUUUUAAGAAAUAUUAAGGAACAAUAAUAUAGAGGACUCUAUAAAAAUUAAGUACCCGGAUUAUUUAUUAUAAGUGCACAACUGCAGUCACGAUCAGAGGAGGAAAUAUGGGAUUUAUUCUCACAAUUGAUGCACCAUUUUGCACACUUGCAGCAGUGUCUUGCUGUCUAUGAUGUGCCCCAUUAACUUCGUCUCCCCACAGUUCUUCCUCUCCAUAUAUAUAUAUAUAUAUCUGACACAUGACAUACUUGGUUUAAGUCCUCCGUAGCCCUGACGUUUUUCCCACAGUUUUUUUUUUUAAAGAGUAAAACUUGGGAAAUAUUGACUAUUCUGUGUUUCUUUAUAGGGCGAUAUAAAGUUAUCCAGCCACUGGAAGCAUUAAGGGAGACUUAACAGAAAUAUGUAUGUAAUAUGUCUGUGACGGCCAUUUAUUUUUUUAUUCUACACUACAUUUACUGUGAGCACUUUCGACUAAAUGAUUUAAUGGGAAUCCUUGCAAUAGAAAUUUUUUUUUCCCCAGAUAUUACUUAUAUAACUGUUUCAGCAACCUCUGAAGCAGCGCUGCUUAAUACAUAUCUAGCCCAACUGCACUUUAUGCUUGUGAAUUCUGUACGACUAGAGACUGAAGGCAAACCUCUUUUUUCAGUGCAUUGUAUAUUCAGAUAUCUUGAAUAGCCGCUUGGGUUUACUUUUGGGUAAUGGUGUGGUUGAACAUAUAAUUUGUGAGCAACCAUCCUAUGAAGGUUGUUAGUUACCCCCUUAACAGAAUUUAGGAUUAAGUUCCAAACGCAGCUCUUCCUUGAGCCAGAACCAUCCGGGUCUCAUGCUUUGUAUUUCCGGGAUGUGGGAUGUUCUCUCAACAUAGAAUAACAGAGGACCUUGACUGCUUUCUGUCUCGGGAUAAAUCAUUCUUUACUUUCUGGGUGGUUUCCAGUCUCUUUAAGUAGCAGCUGAGCUAUUUAUACAUAUGGAGUGCCUAGAAAAAUGUAUAUUGAUGCCUUAGCUGUGAGACAGGAGUGGUCAUGUUGCUUUCUAGAUCACAUGCAGACUCUGGUAUCUGCUUCUAUAGCACUGGGACCUCCCUUCAGCCCAUUCUUUGCACAUCCCCAUAGCACACAUCAGCCACCAUAGAAACCACUUCUUGCCUCCACUAUAAAAUCCCAGUAUAAACAUGACUCCCACUUCAGGCAAUUUAUAAAUAUAUAUAUAUAUAGGUCAGUCUGGCUACUGAUCUUUACUUUGUGUGUGUGUAUGAUUUAUUUUUUCUAUUUGUUUGUUUCCAGACAUUUGCAUAAGGAUCAAAGUAUAUAAAUUACAAAAUGAAAGGGGAAGUAAAAGCAUUUUCCAUCUAACCAGUUUUUGUACAUACAGUAAUAAGGAUAAUAUUUAAGUUUGUGUUCCUGUGGUGAAAUUGCUUUUCUGUUUAUUUUUUUGUUAUACUUUUUUUCCAUACUUUUUAUGAUUAUUGUAGCUACUUAACCUAUUUGUGUAUAUGUUCUUUUUAUAUAAAUAUAUAUGUGUGUGUGUUUGUAUAAACUGUAUGGAAACCCUAUUGUGGAAGCUGUUUCUUCUCUGUUUGGAGUUAGAAGCUGCUCAGUGCCCCCCGCUGAUUGUGGGAAGCUUCUGACUCCCCAAGCACUUUACUACACAACAUUACAUGUGCCCUAACAAACGAUGGAAUAUAGAAUACUGUCAUUUAACAGCAAUGUCUCCGAGCUUUCAAUGUUCUUUUUGAAGCAACAACUCUGAGUGUUUCCCAGCAAUGAGAGGCAUGUAAAGCAACUGAUCCCUCUGACUAUGCUGGGAGGUACAGCAGAAAAAAUGGAUUUGCUUUCCAAGUCCUCAUGUGUUGUAGAGACUUGUACUGCUACCAAAUUUAAGAAGCAUCAUAAUCUUACCCCUAUAUAUGCCAAGAUGGUGGUUUCUCCCUCUGUCAGUCUGUUUGUGCACGAGCCAGACCUUCUCUAACAUCUCCCUGACUGUCAUGUUUAGUGAAUACUCUACUUGGCAAGUUAUGCCAUUGUGAGCUUUAUCUCCAGUAAUUGCUGCUCUUACAAACAGUAUUGAACUCCUUCAGUGCCAGACCAGUACCAGCCACCAGCUGAGUAGAUUGCAGACAAUUCUUUGUUUAAUAAAAGUUACUGGUGGGAUUGUCACUCUCUACCUCUGUCUGUCAGUCCCCUCCCCAGAUAGAACAGUCUCCCAGUGCUCCACUCGUGUAUUUCUCUCCUACCCCAGGGACCAGCAACAAGCUGCAAGGUGCUUAUUUUCCCUCCCACUGGAACUAGUCCACAACAGCUGCUAUAGUCAGUCAGAGACGGGGAGAUUGUGGCCUCCUGUAAAUAUUCUCUGACUAUUUGCUUUAACCUUGGUGAAGUGCAACAUCCUGUUACCCACUUUGCACUGACCCGUUGCCUCUCUAUUUAGGUACUGGGCUGAUAUAGGCUACAGCAAAUGGGAAGUCAAGUAUUUGUAAACUCAUCUUUUCAUCUUUUUCUAUUGUAGCCCUCUCUUUGCCUAAGAGCAAAGGCAACCCCCCCCUCAAACAUAUUUUGGCUCAGCAUAAAACUGAACAACAAGCAUCAAUUGUGACCUAAUCACUUUCACAGCAUCCAGGCCUUAAGUCACAGGGGUAUAUUUAUCAAAGAGUGAAGUUAGAGAUCGCCCCAGUCCACUACAGUGAAAUUCUGCCACUCCCCAUUCGUUUCUAUGGGAUUUUGAAAGGUGUAUUUGUCAAAGGAUGAAUUUUCACUCGUUGAUAAAUACUCUUUUAAAAAUCUCAUAGAAAUAAAUGGAGAGUGGUGGAAUUUCACUAGUGGACUGUGGCGAUCACUAACUUCACUCUUUGAUAAAUAUUCCCCACUAUGUGUAUCUGUAACCGAGUGUGUGUUAAACGCCUGCAGCGCAGAGCUCUAACACCCACAGCUAGAGAAGGAGUGGGACGUGUCUUUGUCAUACGUUUCUGAGGGGAAGCCAUUGCUUCUCAGUGCAUCGCACACUUCACUUUCUUUACACCUGAUUUUUUUUUUUAAGCUGAAAUAGCUUUGCUGUUCUGUCCUAGCAAUAUUGUACAACACUUGUGUGACUGUUUCACGUUGUUGUAUUCUAUUUGAGGUAUAACAAUAAAAGGCUUUAAUCAGCUCUGGACUGUU